UCCAAAUUCUCUCUCCAAUGCUUCUCUUCAUCCUUCCUCGUUUCAUAGCUUUCAAUCUGUUCUUCCUUUUUCCAGUUUUCUUCACCUUCAUUGUUAGCUAUGUUCGUCUCCAAGCUUUUCUCUCGCGCCGCCUCCCGUACCAUUUUCCAGGGCUCGCUGCUCUCGUCGGCCUCGCAAUCCCGUCAAACCAUACGCUUUCCACUUCUCCUCACGAAUCGCUUACACUAUCUUGCAAACGAAUCAUCCAACAAGGAAUCAGCAUUACAUCAUUCAUUUUUCCUUAAAAAAUUUGGAUUAUCAACAUCUGCAUCCCAUGAGACUUCUAGUAAGGAAAAUGGCAAUACGGUACCAAGUAGUGGCGGCUCUGCAACUGCUGCAGAGCCGACGGCUGAAACUAAUGGUCAAACCAGAGAAUCAGAUUCCGAGAGCGAUGACGAUCUUUCCAUGGGUGAUCUGGUGAAAGUUGUAGCUGAGAAGGAAGAGCUUUUGAAGUUAAAGCACAAAGAGAUUGAAGAAAUGCAAGAUAAAGUUAUUCGCACUUAUGCCGAGAUGGAGAAUGUAAUGGCCAGGACGAGGCGUGAAGCUGAGAAUUCAAAGAAGUUUGCUAUACAGAAUUUUGCGAAGAGUUUACUGGACGUUGCAGACAAUCUAGGACGAGCUUCAUCUGUAGUUAAGGAAAGUUUUUCAAAGAUUGAUUCAAGUAAUGGCUCUUCUGAGGCAGUACGCUUAUUGAAAACCCUUCUUGAAGGCGUUGAAAUGACUGAGAAACAGCUGUCUGAGGCGUUAAAAAAGUUUGGAGUUGAAAUUUUUGAUCCUACAAAUGAGCCAUUUGAUCCACAUAAGCACAACGCAGUUUUUCAAGUUCCAGAUAGCUCUAAGCCUCCUGGUACCGUUGCAGCUGUAUUGAAGAAAGGAUACAUGCUUUACGACCGAGUACUUCGACCCGCCGAAGUUGGUGUUACUAAAGCCAUGGAUAAUGAAUGAGGACGGUGCAGCCGAUAACGCAACCGAGAAGGUAACUCGAGGAGGUUGAAUGAAGGGGUGGAAAGAAUGGAUAGUUUCCUCUGAAAAAAAGUGAUGCUAUACGGAGUGUUGUUUGGUAGAGAAGAUAUAUCUAAUCUGUAGAUGCACAGGGAAAGAAAAACAAUUCAUUGCUUUUGGAUAAACAUUUGAUUUUGUUAUGUAUUUAGAGGGAUUUUCAUGUGUUGUAAAACAUUUUGGUGAGGCAUUUUUUUGUUGUUGAAAGGAGGAACCAGAAAUAGAAUGAUGCUAUAUUUUAACAGCCGGGGCAAUGAAUAUAAAGAUAAGGCAUGCUUUCAAAUUAA